AUUAAACGCGGUCCAAUCAUCCCCAAUAUAACAACAACCCUUUCCAAAUUCUUCUCAUUCCCACUUCCAUUUCUCUAUCAAGUUUCUCACUUUCCCCUUUCUCCUCAAUCCUUUCCUCAAUUCCUUCCUUCCUUUUCAGUCAAUUUCAAGUUUUCAUUCCUCUGUUUCACCAAUUUUAAAACCCUAAAAUUUCCAAUUUAAAGUUUAAUUUUCUGUCCUGGAGUGUUAAAUCACUCAUUCUCGGAAAUUGUCUGAAAAAUUCCAUCUGGGUAUUUUAAUUUACUGAAAAAGUUUUCAAAUUUGACAGAAAAUUUCCAUUUUCUGUUAAAUUUGAUAAGUGGGUCUGUGAUUGUUUUAUGUUUAUAAUAUAGAGAAGCUUCUGUGAUAUUUGUGUUAAGUAAGAAUGCGUUUUACAACAGAAUAUCUAGGUUCUUCUAUUCUGAACCUACGUAGUACUCAAGUUCACUCUAUGGAAAAUUCAAGCUUAGAACAAGAGCUUAAUUUGUUUCAAAAACAUGUUACUGAUAGAUUCAAUGAACUGUCUUCAGUUCCCAACAAUGAUUUGUUGUCACUUUCUUGGGUUAGGAAGCUUCUAGAUAUAUUCCUUUGUUGCCAAGAGGAAUUCAGAAUGAUUCUUCAUAACCAUAGAUCGAAAGUGUGUAAGCCACCUUUGGAUUGUUUGGUCAAUGAGUUUUAUGAGAGGAGUGUGAAGGCAUUGGAUAUAUGCAAUGCUAUUAGUGAUGGUGUUGAAACGGUUAGACAAUGGGAGAAGCUAUUGGAGAUUGUUGUUUGUGCUUUGGAUACUAAAAGAAUCAUUAGUAAAGGCAAAUUUCGACGCGCGAAGAAAGCUCUUGUUGAUUUGGCUAUUGGUAUGGUUGAUGAUAGUAAUGAAGAUUCUAAUAAUGUUUUUUCAUUUGCAUCUAGAAAUAGGUCAUUUGGUAGAAACAAGGUUGAUAGAGAUCGUCAUGAUCGACGCGAUUCAUCUGCAUUUGGUCAAUUUAGAUUGCUUUCAUCGAGUGUAUCGAGGAAUUGGUCUGCCAUUAGACAAUUACAAGCAAUUGGGAACAAUCUUUGUUUUCCUAAGAAUAGUGAUCUUGUUGCUUCAAAUGGUAUUGCAUUGACUAUUUAUACAAUGAAUACAAUUUUGUUGUUUACAAUGUGGGCACUUGUGGCUGCAAUUCCUUGUCAAGAUAGGGGACUACAUCACAACUUUUCGAUUCCUCGGCAACUAUCAUGGGCGGCUCCGGUAACGUCGCUCCACGAGCGGAUUUUGGAGGAGUCGAAGAAGGUGGAGAGGAGGAACUCUUGUGGUCUUUUAAAGGAGAUUCAGAAGAUUGAAAAGUGUGCUAGGGUGAUGAAUGAUUUGGCUGAUUCUUUGGAGUUUCCUUUGAGUGAGGAUAAAGAAGAUGAAGUUAGAGUUAAAGUGGAAGAUGUUGUGAAUGUUUGUGAAGGUUUGAAAGAUGGAUUGAAUCCUUUGGAAAAACAAAUUAGGGAAGUGUUUCAUAGAAUUGUUUGUGGUAGAAUGGAAGGGCUUGAUUCUCAGUAUAGAUAUUAGAUAGUAAACAAACAUCAUCAAUGAUUUUAGAUAAGAUUUGAACUAUGUCUAGUAAAAUUUGAAGCAUGUCUAGUAAAAUUACAAAGGAUCUGAAUCAAGUUGAUAGUGUGAUUUAUGAUUUACUAAGAAAAGUAAAAAUUGUGGAUAAGAAAACAACCACAAAAGAUGAAUUGGAUUUGUAAAGUGUGGUUUACUAUUAACAUAUACAUACAAUGUUUAGAGUUUAGAUUUUGAAAUAGAUUUAUAUUCUAUGCUAA